UCUACUCUGUCUACUCAUGACAUUAUAUUUGAAGAGCUGAGCGUAUCGAAACAGCCGUCGCUGUUGUUUAUAAGGAAGCCCAGUACUGUUACGAUCUCCAAGGAAAAAAUAAAUUGUCUAGAUAUGUUCGAUUCUAGCAUUGAUUAAGCAUUUUUUUCUAUUUUAAGGUAUUGUUGUGAUUUAAGUGUGAUGAAUUUUGCCUGGAUAGGGUUUCAGGUGUGCCGUUCCUUGAGAGGAAGAAUUGAAUCUAGGAUGGAAACUUUAUUGAUAGUGAUGAUUAGGGAUAAGUACCCUGACAGCAUUAUGAUGACAUUUUCUGUUUUCCCUUCACCUAAGGUCUCUGAUACUGUUGUUAGUGACUUUGAACAUUUUAUUCAUGCGACAAUGUUUCUUGUCACGUGCUGUGCGAGAUUCCCAGUCAUCUUAGUCAUGUUUUGUGCUAAGAUGAAUACAAAGAAGUCGACGAGACGAGCAGAUGGAUAUUUGAUCCCUAGUAUCCACAUGUACACUGUUAGAGCAUUAUCCACAUGGCGACUUUCCCAGGACUUUUAGGGAUGGACACAUGAGACAACGAAGUAACAAACAAGAGGUUAUUUAGAUGGAUGACCUAGUGAAAAGCAAAAUAUUUGUUUGAGAAAUAUUUACACAUUCACUUAUUAAAUUCUGUUGUAAUCAGAAUAUGUUUUGAUUAUAACUCUUUGGGCAAAUAUAAAAUUCUAAAUCAAAAAUUCUGUUGUAAUGAGAAUAUGUUUUUAUUAUAACUUUUUGGGCAACACUCUGAAU